AUGUACUCCCCCAACAAACCACCAAAGUCCCCCUCCUCCGUUCGCUUGAAAGGCCUCUUCAAAGAGGGCUCAUGGUAUUGCGACUGCCAGGAGCGGGCUCCCGCUAUCAAGCUUCAAGUUAAGAAGGAGGGCAGAAAUCACGGCCGCUACUUCUAUACCUGCCAGAAACCCCGCGCGCAACAAUGUGGCUUCUUCUUGUGGAAAGAGGAGGCCGAACCCCGCGAACAAGCCGUCGUCCUCUCCAACUCGCGAUCCGAAGACGACCUGCACUAUCCUACCCUCCCAUCCACGCCCACAACACCCAGACGCAGUGGUCUCCUCACUCCACAAACCGAGCGCCGCUUGAUCGACAUCCCACCACGCCAUGCGCACACCUAUUCAACCCCACAGAGCGCAAAGGCACGGAUGAUGGCCGAGGAUACCGACGAAUUCGGUUGGGAUGAUAAUACAGACGACAAUAACGAAUUGAGUGAAUUGACGGAGCUCUCCACAAGCCAGUCAACAGAGCCCUUUCUCACCCAACCAAAUUGGAACCCAGACCCGCCAUACAACAAAGCGGCCCGCACUCCAACAAGUUCAUCGCCAGGAAAGCGCAAGCUAUUUGACAGCUACAACGACCAUAACUCCUCGACUAGCAACUCUUCCAUCCUCGCCACUCCAUCAUCUACCCGAUCAAACCGUUCGAUCGGCUCAAGUCGCAUUCCACCGUCGUCAGCAGAGCUUUGUAUGACCCCAACACCAACAAAGUACCGAGACGUCAUUAGCUCCGCCAAUAUGCCCGACAUGUCCGAUUUAGCGGCGGAGGCAAGUGCAAUCAUGGAGCAAUAUGAUGUGGUGCUUCCGAACAAGGCCCGAGACGAUCUGGUUGAGCUGCUUAAUCGACAUAGUUUAAAGUUGCAGGGCGUGAAUAAAGGUCGUGAGGUCACUCGGCAGGCCUUGAAGAAGAAAGAGGAUGAACUUGCGAAGAAGGAUGGGGAAAUUAGGCGGCUUCAGGAAAAGAUUACCAGUCUCCAAGCGCAGAAGGAGAUGGAUCAGAGUAUCAUUGAUUCUAUGAGUACGUAG